AUGUCGUCCGCCGACGCCGCCCCGUCCGACGAUGCGAAGCUCCAGUCUUUCCUGCAAUGGCUUCAGACCAACGGCGCCGACCUCCGCGGCUGCACGAUCCGCGCCUGCGGCCGCAAGGGCUUCGGCGUCUACUCCACCGCCGCCGAGGCAGGCGCCACCGACGGGGUGGUGAUGGUGGUGCCGCUGGACCUCGCCGUCACCCCGAUGCGGGUGCUGCAGGACCCCCUCGUCGGCCCGCGGUGCCGCGCGCUCUUCGAGGAGGGCGGCGUCGACGACCGCCUCCUCGUCAUGCUCUUCCUCAUGGCCGAGCGGCUCCGCCCUAGCUCCCUCUGGAAGCCGUACUUGGAUAUGCUUCCGAGCACCUUCGGGAGCUCCGUUUGGUUCGAUGACGAGGAGCUUGCCGAAUUGGAAGGGACGACGCUGCAUCGUGCGACAGUCAUGCAGAAAAGAUCAUUGCAAAGAUUAUUCGACGAUAAGGUGAAAGGCCUGGUCGAGGAGCUUCUAUGCGUCGAUUAUUCGGGAAGCUCGAUUGAAGUGCAGUUUGAGGACUUCCUUUGGGCAAACUCAAUUUUCUGGACUAGAGCGCUGAACAUCCCAUUACCUCAUUCUUAUGUUUUUCCGGGCUCACUUGAUGAACAACAGACCAGAACUGUAGGAUCUUUGGGUGAUUCUAGUCUUUCCACCCAACAGGAAAGCGAUACCGCAGUGAAGAAUACUAGGGGUGAUGAGAAUUCCGAAUCUUGUAAAACGGAGUCAAUUUGGGUUGAGGGCCUCGUACCAGGAAUCGAUUUUUGUAAUCAUAAUGUAAAGGCUCUGGCGACAUGGGAAGUUGAUUCUGUGGGAAAUGCAACAGGAAUUCCUGCUUCAAUGUACCUCAGACUUGCACAAGUUGAUAAAAGCUCUGUUGAGACUGGGACAGAGAUCUACAUAAAUUAUGGCAACAAAGGAAAUGAGGAACUUCUGUAUCUAUAUGGAUUUGUGGUUGACAACAAUUCAGAUGAUUAUCUUAUGGUUCAUUAUCCAAUAGAGGCUCUUAGACAGGUCCAAUCCGCUGACGUUAAGAUGAAGCUAAUCGAGAUGCAGAAGGCUGAAUUGAGAUGUCUUCUACCUACAAGUUUGCUUGAUAGUGGAUUUUUUGGAACCAGUACCAGUUCUGGUGAAGAAGAUAACAAGAAAAGCGCUAGUCAUUUUUCUAGUUACAGUUGGAGUGGUCAACGCAAAGUUCCAUCAUAUCUCCACAAGAAUGUUUUCCCUCAAGAAUUUUUAAGUACUCUUCGAACAAUCGCAAUGCAAGAACAUGAGCUUGAACAGGUUGCUUCAUUGCUUGGAGAGGUUGGAUCUAGCGAGGAUACAGAACCAUCUGAUGCAGAGAUCCGAAGUGCCAUAUGGGAGGUCUGCGGUGAUCAUGGAGCACUAGGAUUGCUUGUGGAUCUUCUUAAAGUGAAAAUGGCUGAACUUGAAGAAGGCACUGGAACAGAAGCGUCUGACAGUCAACUGCUUGAGAAACUUGAUUCCAAUGACCCUGAAGACUCCUUGAGCGCAAAUGCUGAGUGCAACCGCAAAACAAAGUCAAGAGCAAACAGCCGGUCGUGUAUAGUGUACCGAAGAGGGCAGAAGCAGCUGACGAGGUUGUUCCUCAGGGAGGCGGAACAUCUUCUGGAGCUGUCUGCAGAUGAUCAGACCUAAGAAGCUUAUCUGGAAAGAAAUGGAUACAGAAGUGGGAGAGGCCAUGCAACGGGAGAGGGUAGAGGUGGAGCAACUGGUGGUGGCAGCGGCGAUAGAUGGAAGGCGAAGAUGGCUUCAGAUAAUAACGGAAGAAUAGUUGUUCCGCAUGCCGUAAUUUUGCUGCCUUGCGUUUUCAAAUGCUAUUCUCGCCUUGCGUUUUCAAAUGCGACUCCCUCCUGAACGGAGACAGUAUAGUUUCCUGCUAGAACAGCGUGGUCUGUUUGUUGCUUCAUCUUGCAUUCUUGUGUAUGGUUGGUCUACUGUUUCCUGUAAUAAAAAUCCUUGAAAAAGUACUCGAGGAGAGGAAGACGAACAGAGCAAGGAAGGAGGGAGGAUGUAGGUAGGGACCUCGGAUUUGGUCGGA